UCUAAAAGAAGUAAACUUAAUAUUAAUCAUAUUUCUAAUAACUUAAACUACAGCUGUUCAACUAGGAUUCAACUUCGAUUCUCUCUCCAUUUAUUAACAUGGCGUUGCCUAUUCGUGUAUGGGUCACUCCUCCCGGACCUAAUCCCUGGAAGGUUGUCUUCGUACUCCAAGAAUUAGGAGUGCCGUACGAACUGAAAGUGAUAAAAUUCGCCGACGUUAAGAAGAAGCCUCUGAUCGAUGUUAACCCCAACGGCCGUGUUCCCGCGAUAGAGGACCCCAAUAAUGGCCUGACGCUAUGGGAGUCUGGUGCUAUCAUUACGUAUCUCAUCAAGCAAUACGAUACCGAACAUAAGCUGAGCUACACUACUUUCCCCGAGGUGCACCAUUUAGAUCAAUGGCUACACUUCCAGAUGAGUGGGCAAGGUCCUUACUGGGGUACCGCGGGCUGGUUCAGAAACAACCAUCCCGAAAAGUUCCCUUCGGCUAUCGAGCGAUAUGCUAAUCAAGUCACUCGUGUUCUCGGGGUCUUAGACGGCUGGCUUGAGGGUAAGCAGUGGCUCGUAGGUGACAAGAUGACCUACGCCGACAUGGCCUUUGUUCCGUGGAACGAGAGGGUGGAUGCCGUAUUGGGCCUACCGGCGUCAGAAAAGUUCAACGGCUUUUCCAACGUGAAAGCCUGGCACGAGCGUAUGACGUCACGAGACUCGUGGAAAGCUAUCAUGGAGGUUAGAGACAAGUUGAUGGACGAACAGGGCUUGAUGUGGAACGGCAUGCCGAAAGGCAUCAAGAAUUUCCAGGAGUAUGAGGCCAAGAUCAAGGCAGGCGAUUACAACCAACCCGCACCAGCUGAGGGCAGCAAUGAUUCAUCCAAAUAGGGGUAUAUAUUCACCAAGAUAAGUUCUAGGGUGCAGAAUCCAAUUCAUUUA